CGGAUGACCUUUGACCCCUGGACAGAAUUUGACAUGUAACUGCUGUUCGUUUAACCUCCAGGCCGUAGAAUGACGUCAUCACCGGCCAUAGUACUGUAGAGUAUUAAAAAGCGUGUCAGCGAGGGAUAACGAAGUGCGGGCCUACAUGUGGUCACAUGUCCCCCACAGGCGGGGUCAAUACUACUUCGCCUGCUGUGUCCUAAGGCCACGAGGGUCUUGUCAAUGACGCGUCCGACUUAUACACGUACACCUUCAGACAGCUUUGACACUGCCAAAAUGUCAACUUCUACCUCCUCGCAGCAGCUGCUGGGGCUAAACCCCUCUAAUCGUAGCUUCCAGGACUCGGAGGGGAACACGGUACGACCAAAACCAACUCUAUUGAAGCUCUUGCACACAGCAGGGGCGAAGGGAGAUACAUUUACCAUAAAACAGGUUAUGCAUUUCUUGGGACAGUACAUUAUGGUAAAACAGCUUUUUGACAAGCAACAGCAACACAUUGUUCACUGUGGCACGGAUGAACUUGGAAAGUUAUUGGGUAUCUCAACGUUUUCUGUCAAGGACCCAAGUCCAUUGUAUGAGAUGUUAAAGAAGAAUCUUUAUCGAGUGUCUUGCACAGAUGCUGCUCAAAGUCCCUCAAGAGACCAAACGCAGGAUACGGGCGGUUUGGAGCGGCAGAAGCGUUAUGAUGAAUCUAGGAAAGAAGAGAUGACCGACAGUGGGGUUACAUCUUCCUCAACUCAUAAACUACUUUUAGAAGAUGAUGAAAAUUCAUCCAUUCUAAAGCAUGAUGGGUUGGACCUCGCCUUUGAAGAAUGGGAUGGUGCUGGUCUGCCCUGGUGGUUUUUGGGCAACCUGAGGAAUAAUUAUAAUCCUCUUAGUAACGGCUCCACAGACAUCCCUUCUAACCAGGACAUAGAUACAGCUCUUGUUUCUGAUACCACAGAUGACUUGUGGUUCCUAAACGACAAUCGGUCAGAUCAAAUUAAUCUGGAGGUGAAAGUGGAAAGUCUGGACUCUCAAGAUAGUGAGGGUGAAGAUGUGAGAGAUGAUGAAGGAAAGAAAGUGAUCGAGCUGACAAUUUAUGAUGAUUUAGAAGACACACAAAGCCUAAGUGAUACAGAUACGGAUAUCACAUCUGAGGAUUGCUGGCAGUGCAACAAUUGUCAUAAGUUUAAUUCCCCUUCUAAACGCUACUGCUUCCGCUGCUGGGCAUUACGCAAGGAUUGGUAUGCAGACUGUCCACCUCUUACUCAUACCCUUUCCACGCCCACUCUGGCAGCUAAAACCAAUUCCCUGGAAAUGAGCAAUGUCAUUGACAUUCCUGACUGCCGCAGAACAGUGUCUGCCCCCAUGGUGCGUUUAAGAAGCAAUGAUACCAAAUCACAAGCUCCUUUCUUAGAGCCCUUAGAUCUGGCAUCAAGUAUCAGAACACUCUCUGAAAGCACAGACACUCUUCUCAGUUCUGAAGAAGCAUCGCUGGACUCCAGUCGCCCCUUAUUGGAACCUUGCAAGCUGUGCAACAGGCGCCCACGUAAUGGCAAUGUAGUACAUGGGCGUACAGCCCACUUGGUCACCUGCUUUCUUUGUGCAUGCAACCUGAAGAAGUCUCGGAAGGGAUGCCCAGUGUGCCAGAAACCAAUACAGAUGGUGGUAAAAACAUACGUGGCAUAGCAUGGGAGGAACACCGCUAUCUCAUCUGUAGACCUCCAGCUGUUUGCGACUUGAAAUGUUUGUUUUUCUCUUAAGCACCUUUUUGUUUGAAGGAGACCUGCAUAGCAACAUUGUGAAAGAUUGCUUGUUUACCCGGAGCAGUGGAGUGUUUUUCCUCAUUCCAAUCUCCAUAUGUGACCAUGCUGUAUCACUGCCAUGAUUAACUGAAGUAUUUUUCUGUUGCGUGACUGUGCUUGUCACCACCGUAAGGAGAGUAAAACUUUUGCAGAGAGUAUUUAUAAAGAGAUAAAAUAUAUAAAGGAGAAAUAAGUAUAUAUAUUUAUAACUGGGCUUCAUGCUUGGUUCUUUGUGCCUGUAAUCCAUGAGGCCCCCUCUGGCCAGUAGUUUCAGCACUCUGGCACAAUGCAACUAUAGUGAGCAAUGCAUAAAAAGAAGAUGGCAUUUUCCAAGGUUCAGCUUAGUUUUUGGAUAUGUAUUUGUGUUUUAGUUAUUUGACUGCUUCUUCAUAUGAAGAACUUUAAAAAACACAAAAAAAAAAACACUCGGUUUCACCUUCCUUUUGGCAGUACAGUGCCCUCAAAGGACAAUAAAACACUUUUUUUUUUCUUUCUUUCUUUCUGUUGUAUAGAUUUUCCUUUUUUGCCAAAGUGUUCCCCUACUUGAGGCUUAAGAGUAAAAAUGACUGAAAAGCCCAAAGUAAACUUUAUUUUCAUGUGCACUUCUGCAAGCAAGCAAACGGCUACCUCCAUAAACCUAGUAUAGAGAAUUCAGUAAUGAUACCUGCAAAUCUGCGUAAAAACGAUAGACAAGAGCCUUCUGUUUAUAGAGAAUCUGAAUCACUGUUCACCGGCACUAAACCUAGUAUACUGGGUUAUGUUGCAGGAGAACAACUUUACAAAGAGUUACU